AUGACAGAACAACAACCCGUAACCGACCCAAAAGCGCCCGCGGCGGCUCCCGUGGAGGCUCCCGCAGAAGCUCCUUCGGUGGCUCCUGCACCGCUUGCCUCUGCGCCAGGCAUUCUCCCUACAGACUUCUGGGUCCAGAUGGCUGCCCAGGGUGAUGCACAACCACAAUACGACGAGGAUAGCGAUUCGGCGUAUGGCGACGACGAUGCUAGUAGCACGGCCUCUUUAUCAUCCUCAAUCUUCAAGUAUAGGACCAUUAACGGACGCACAUAUCAAAGUGGGCAUGGCGACGGCGAGUACUGGGCCGCCAAUGACGAAAAAGCGAAUGAGGCGCUUGACAUCAUUCAUCACGUCCUCCUCCUCUCGCUUGAUGGAAAAUUACAUAAGGCCCCUCUCAGUAACGACAUUCAGAAAGUGGUGGACAUUGGAACGGGCACGGGUGUUUGGGCGAUUGACUUUGCCGACGAAUACCCUGAUACCGAAGUCAUUGGAACCGAUUUGUCUCCUAUCCAACCGACCUGGGUUCCUCCUAACUGCCUCUUCCAAAUCGACGACUGCACGCAGCCAUGGACCUUCGAGCCUAACUCGAUUGAUUAUGUACACAUCCGCUGGCUCUUCGGUUCUAUCAAGGACUGGGAGGGGCUCUUCACCGAGGCAUAUAAGGCUCUCAAGCCAGGCGGCUAUAUCGAGACACACGAGCCCUCAGUCAGCUUCCGUUCCGAUGAUGGCACUGUCCACGACAAGACAGCUAUGGGCCAGUUUGGAAAAUUUUUCGUCGAGGGCGGGAAGAUCAUGGGCCGCUCAAUGACUGUCGUCGAGGAUUGCACACAGAGGGCUGCGCUAGAGGCGGCUGGAUUUACUGAUAUUCAAGAGACUCAGCUCAAGACCCCUAUCGGCAAGUGGCCUAAGGAUCCUAAGAUGAAGGAAAUCGGUGCCUUCCAGCAAAUGGCCGUCGAACAGGACACCGAGGGCACAAUGACGUACCUCGCACAGAUGCUAGGUUGGAGCCAACACGAAGUCAUCGCCUACGUCGCUACACUCCGCCGUGAGAUACGCUCCCGUGACAUCCACGGCUUCUAUGAGCAAAAAGUGUUGGUAGCGCGUAAACCCGAGCAGACGCCCGACCCAGAGGGUGCCGCAACUACUGCUACAUAA